AUGAUUGCGACACGGCUGAGCUGGGUCUCAACCGACCACUCAGUCGCAGGUCGAGGAAUGCGAAUGUUCGUGGCCCUCCACACAUCGCUCCUUAUACUUGCCGUCAUUCUUGUCAGUGGAGCAAGCGCAUGUGGACCGAACGAAGUUUUUGCUCAGUGUGGCGUGCCGAAAGAAUGUGAACCCACUUGCGCAAAUAAGAGUCCGGUCUGUCCCCCAAGAUGCGGCCCACCUGGAUGCAGAUGUAUAGCCGGCUAUGUUCGCACGGCGGGAGGUUCUUGCAUGAAGGCUGUACGCUGCCCACGAUAAGAAUCAUGCUGAACAUUGUGUCAUUCUUCGAUAAA